CGCGUCUUCAAUCCACCUGUCCGUGAUCCGUCCACCUCUAGAAGCCGAACCCCCCACACAUUCAUUUCGCUCCCCAGCCGUACGAACUCGCAGAUCGGAGAAACCGAGGCGCCCGCGGCUUUGCUUUCCUUCCUUCCCUGCCCCGUUGACGAGAGAAGUUUCUGGAGUGUUCGAGUCGAGCAGGGUUCCGAUGGCGCUGCAGUGGAUGAUCCUGGCUUGCGUGGUGGCGGUGGAGGCGGCGGUGGCUGCGCUGGUCACGCUCCCGGUGCCCCGCGCCGUGCGGGGCCAGAUCGUCGCGCUCACGUCCUUGUUCCUGCAGCCCCUCUCCACCGUGAUACCCUUCGCCGCCUUCCAGCUCCUCGAUAUCUACUGGAAGAAGGAGCACAGGCUGAUGUGCACCGCGGAGAUUUGCACUGCCGAAGAGCGCAUUCGCUUCGAGAAAUCUAUGUUUAAAGCUCAGAGGAAUGUCAUCCUUUGUGUUUCAGCAUGCCUCCUUUACUGGUGCAUUUAUCGCAUAGUAAAAUUCAACAAGGAUAUUAAGGCAUUGGAAGAGACCGAGAAGCGCCUCAAGGAAGAGUAGAUCUAUUGUGUUUUAAGCUUUCUUGUUUCUUUGCUUGAUGCAGGUGGCUGUUGUGGUGCUCCUGGCCUUCAGAAGAUAUUGUUAUGCGGGUGGCUGUUGUGGUGCUCCUGACCUUCAGAAGAUAUUGUUAAAUGUCAUAGUUCGUAGGAUUUUCUGGUGUAUAGUGUUCUUGCAGCAAAGAAGAGAAUGUUAUAAUGUUUCGGCGAACUUGUGAAGUAUGAGUCUUAUUUUAAGAGGUCGUUUCUUUAACAUAUGGUGACGGUUUUGUUAUUGCGAUCAUUUUUAGCAUCGGUCAAUUAUCAAACAGUUUAAAUGUUUUCUGGAAUCUUGUUUGAAUAUUCACAUGCCU